AUGGCAAAGAGUAACCAGGACAUGUCCUCUAAGAGGCAUUUCCACUGGACAACAAAGGUCACCAGUGAAGAUGAUACAUCUCCAACCUUGUACUCUUCAAACCCUGGUGAUCAAGAGAAAGAAGAGAACUCCCCACAAGUUCAAGCCGUCGAGUCUCCUGUCCCCGACGAGAAGAAGGAAAACUACGCCGCCACACGCAAUCAAGAGACGCCCCUACAAGUUCCAAAUUUCAAGUCUUCCAUCCUGGAUGAGAAAAGGGAAACCGUUCAAGUUCCGAGCUUCAAGUCUUCCGUCCGGGACGAGAAAAAGGAAAACGACACUGUAACACGCGAACCAGCAGGUCCUCCAGGGCUGGUGGCAACAAGGAAGAAACUGCAAAACAUUGCGAUCUCCAGGCUGCGGUUCGUCAUGACAGCGUUCGGAAAAACCCCAGCCCGUGCUGACGGCCAACAAGCACUUGGAUCCCGAGUAGUGGGCACCCUAUUCGGGCACAGACGUGGACAUGUCCAUUUUGUGUUCCAGAAGAAUCCCAGUUCAGAACCAGCUUUCUUGAUUGAACUGGCCACUCCAAUCUCAGGCCUUGUCCGGGAAAUGGCAUCCGGCCUAGUUCGUAUAGCCCUGGAAUGCGACAGGGAGCCAGAGAAGAAACCAAUGAGGCUCCUGGAAGAACCCCUGUGGAGGACAUACUGCAAUGGGAAGAAAUAUGGAUUUGCAACAAGGAGAGAAUGUGGGGAAAAAGACCGGAAAAUAUUGAAAGCCGUGGAGCCAAUUUCAAUGGGGGCAGGAGUUUUGCCUGCAGAAAAUAAUGGAGAAUUUGGUGCAGAAUCUGAUGGUGAAAUCAUGUAUAUGAGGGCUAAAUUUGAAAGAGUUUUAGGGUCUAGAGAUUCAGAGGCAUUUUAUAUGAUGAAUCCUGAUAAUAAUGGGGCUCCUGAGCUUAGUGUUUACUUGCUUAGAGUCUAA